UGGUUCAUCAGUGAACAGUCAUUAGUAAAAGAUGCUGCCUGUUCGUUUGUACUAAGGGGUGGGGAAAAAUAAUGCCAUCACCUAUCCCAAUUUCCCGGUUUUUGCCGAGGGCAUUACCACCGACUACUUCACUGGGGCCUUGCAGCAGCCCCAACCAAUUGCAGGGCCGCCGUUUAUCUUGCAUAAAGCCACGUCGGGUGUUACGACGGCGCUCUUGGUGCACGGUAAUUUGGGAUGAACUAAAGUUACUUGAUCUUGUGGGUUCAGGUGGUUUCGGAUGGGUUUAUAAAGGAACUUAUUAUGGUCAAACUGUUGCAAUAAAGAAAGUGAGAAAGUGCGUAAAGAACAAGCUGGCUGCUAGGCACAGUUUCUGGGCAGAACUGAACGUCGCUCACCUGGUCCAUGAGAACAUUGUAAGGGUUGUAGCAGCCACUACCUCUGUUCCCGCAGAUCCAGAGGCCGAGGACUGUGUGGGCACUAUCAUCAUGGAGUAUGCAGGACGAACCAGCCUAGAUCACAGGAUUUACAACUGUACAGAACCGCUGGAAAUGAGGGGAUGUUUAACAUUUUCUCAUGACAUUGUGAGUGGGCUGAGUUUCCUACACUCGCACCACAUCGUACACUUGGAUCUGAAACCAGCUAAUAUCUUGAUCACCGAGGCGGGACGGUGUAAAAUCGGAGAUUUUGGAUGUUCUCACAAAUUGCCGAUUGGCGGUGACUUGACUCCUAAUGGUCAAUUGCGACAUCUUGCUGGUACCUACACUCACCGGGCACCUGAGCUCUUGAAAGGAGGUCGCGCUACUUUAAAGGCAGAUAUUUAUUCUUUUGCGAUCACGCUCUGGCAGAUGAUAAGUAGAGAUCAGCCCUAUUCCGGUGAUCGUCAGUGUGUGAUGUAUGCUGUAGUGGCUUACAACCGGCGUCCAUCUUUCUCCAGAAUUUUCAAUGAGUCCUCGAUGGGCCGCGGGAUUCGAUCAAUCAUUAGUAACUGCUGGGAAUGUGAACCAAACCGUAGACCUAGUGCAAAACAAUUAUUAGAAAAUAUUGAUUGCUUAAAAGUACAGCUGUAGCAGUAUCUUCAUAAAUUUGGGUACUUUAAACCUGAAGAUAUCCUUUUAAUAUCGCCCCUUUUUCUUACAAAAGCACUGUCUAUUUUUUUAAAAUGCUUUAAGGAAAAAAAACCUCAGUGUUAAUGCCACAUUCAUUGUUGUGCUUUGCAUUAGCCGGGUUAUGGCAAUCGGAAUGGAAAGAAAGAACUUAACAACUGUUAAUUGACGAUAUUUUGUUCCAUAGGUUGGAAAACACCACUUUGUUCUAUCAGUAAACUAUAUCGUUUCAUUUUCUGUAGGAUUAUCUCUGUCCAUGCUAAAAUCUAUGCUUUUUUUUUCGACUUGCUUGAAAUGUCUUUACUAAUAAAGCUUGCAGUUUAUUUCAGCAA